AUGAAAACACAUGCUGAAGCUCCUCCAUGCGGAUAUGAAGUUGGGGACGUCCUGCAGUUGCAGAUACUCCAAACCAAUACCGACGUCCUUUCCCAAAACGAAACAGUCUCAGUCAGGAUCAGCGAGUUCCUCACCUGCACCAUGGCUACCGUCGUACGCGUCACCUUCGACACUGGCGACUGCGCUGUCCUCAAGCUUUACGAUCGUCGAUUUGGCAGUGGCCUCCGCGACUGCGGCUACGAAAACUUCCCCUACUGCGAUCUAUCCAAGGCCGCCUUCCACGGUUUCAUAGAGCGAGGCGCCAUGGGUCCUUUCCUUGAAGAGCUGGACGAGGAGGAUGAGACAAGCGAUUUGGUCCCUCGCACUACGAGCUGUAUUCGGGAAGGGCCCGAUGGAGUUGCCCGGUUCGAAGCUUUAAUCUGGAGAUACGCCGAUAAGCACUUCAAGACCGAGGCCGAGGCAUACAACCGUAUGCAGGAUCUCCAGGGGGUACACAUCCCCAAGCUUCACGUUGUUGUGCGUCUCGUCCCUGACGAGGAAAACACACUGGACAGUGAGUACCUUAACAUCCAUGGCAUCUUACUCGAAUCUCUCGCCGGCCACUCUCUUGACGAUCUCAUUCACGCACCUUCUGCCCCCAAGUCCAACAGUGAGUGGUUAUCUAUCGUACAGCGUGCAGUCGACUCAGCACACGUGAUCAACAAACAUGGCAUCAUUCUCGACGACAGCGCCCCCCGCAACGUGGUUUUCGACGAAACCACACGACAGGUUCUCCACGUCGACUUUGCGCAGUGUUUCUUCAAGGACACGAUGUUUAAGGCUUGGUGCUGGGAUACGGAUGCGGCGGACUAG